UUUAUUUGUUAAGGAAUUAAUUACUCAUUUCUUGUUUUUACACAGAUGUAUUUGGAUUUUAAUAUUUGAUAUCAGUUGCAGUAGCAUGUUAGCUCAUCCAUAAAAAUGAUGACACUCGAACCAUAAACAGCCGCCGAUCACUCUGUUUUGCCGGUUGGAGAGAUAUCAACUUCCAACUGCACUUCUAGUUUCAGAGAGCUGCUUGUGAAAGCACUAAUUUACAAAUCUUCCAUCAGAGUUACUUCUCAAGAAUCAUUCUUCUGCCACUGUGUGAGAUGGGAACGCAUAAGAAUAGAGAUAGGAUUAGCUAUCUGCCUUGGGAUGUAUUGGACAACAUCCUCGUUCGCUUGCCUUUAAAAGAAGUUGUGAGGACUAGUAUCUUAUCCAGUAACUGGAGACAUAAAUGGACUGGCAUUUCACAGUUUGUUCUUCAUGACAAAUGCAUACCAAAACGGAUAUCGGACAAGGUGGCAAGAUGGGGAUCCGUUAUGGAAAUCAUCCGUCAAGUUCAGUUAUGUCACGACGGUGCUAUAGAGAAGUUUAAGCUUGCUGCUUAUUGCCGGCCAGACCAUUCUGAUUUAGACCAGUGGAUUCGUUUUUUAACAAGCAAAGGCCUCAAGGAGUUGAUCCUGCAGGAGUUUGACUCUAUAAAACGUUUCAACUUGCCAUUUUGUCUGUUCUCUAGUCCACUACUGAACCGGUUGGAGCUUUUUGGUUGUAGAUUCAAGCCAUCUUCUGCAGUCAUUGAAUUUAGGAGUCUCACAACCCUCCAGCUCAAUCAAGCUUGUAUAAGUGGUCAUAUGCUAGAGUGUUUAGUUAGCAAUUCCCCUGUUCUUGAAAGAUUGAUUUUGUUGGAUAUUGAUCAUCAAAUUGUUCUUCGAAUCCGCAACCCGAAUCUCAAGUAUCUGAAAGUAGAUUCCAACUUUGAUGAUAUAUUUCUUGAGCACAGUCCAUUACUGGCUACUGUUGACAUUGGCUUGAGGGUUGGGGUCGCACCCCGAUUCUUUGAUUCUGGAGCAGGCCAGUUGGUCAGGAUUAUUGGCUGUCUACAUGCUCUUAGGAAACUUACCCUAUCCAGUGCCUUCCUGAGGUUUCUGGGUAAUAUUACCGUACCAGACAGACUUCCUACUAUGCUUCAACAUCUGUCAGUUCUUGAACUCAAGGAUGUAAGGUUGGAUAGUAUGACAGAAGUGAUGGUUUGCCUCUGUAUUUUCAGAAGCGCUCCAAACUUAGAGAAACUGCUCCUUUCAGUUGCUGGUACAACUGCAUAUUCCAGACCUAGCGUGGAAUUUCUCAUCACACAGUCUUUGUCAAAUCUCUACUUUGAACAACUUAAAGAAGCAUCUAUAAGAGCUGUACAAGGCGUUAUACCUGAGUUGAUAUUGAUUCAGUUUUUAUUGGCUCGAUCGCCUGUGCUCGAAAAAAUGACUAUAGUGCAUUAUGGAAGUGAAAGGCUACCUGGAGAAUCGUUGCAGCAAUUUGUGCCAGCUUCAAAAGAUGUGAAAAUUUUCAACUUAUCAAUGUGAAAGUAGCUCCUCUUGUUACAUUCUAACUUUUCUUUUUGGUUCAACUUAUACUGGGCACCUUUCUUUUAGUAUAAAACAAGCUCUUCAAUAGUUUUGCUUAUUAA